AUGUCAAAUACCAAGACCGUCUCUGUUCCUCACCUCAAUGCCACUGCAGGCUACCAAAUGCCCCAUCCCUACGACCCAUCAAAACCCACCCUCGUCCUCGUUAACUCCUUCACUACAUCCUCCGACCUCUACGCUGGCCAGUAUGGCAACUCCAAGCUCACCUCCGCAAUGAAUCUCCUGGCCAUUGAGCUCCUUGGUCAUGGCAAGACCCGGACUCCGCACGAGAACUUCACGUAUUGGGAUACUGCUCUCAUGAACCUGCAAGUCAUGGAGUCAUUGGGAGUCAAGAAGGCUUUUGUACUCGGUACAAGCCAGGGUGGUUGGAUUACCGUGCGGAUGGCAUUGCUGGCGCCGGAGAAGAUCGAAGGAAUCGUGCCUCUAGGCACGAGUAUGGAUAGCGAGUCGGAGCGGACGAGGUCGUUAGGUUGUUGGGAUGGAAUCGAUGCUUGCACAGGGACGAUCGACAAAUGGACCACGACAAAGGCUACUCCCGGUUUUGAGCCUGAUGACCACUUCUGCAACUUCCUGAUUGACAUUGGGUUUGGAAGGAAUUGUGACAGCAGUGUUCGAGACUAUUGGAAAAAGACAAUCAAGUCCAACUACCAAGGCAACGAUGGCAGAAAGAGGGCGAGGAUGGCUGCUAUCAACCUCAGGGACAGAGAUGGGCUACAUGGGAGGCUUUUCGAUGUCGGAUGCCCAGUAAUGUGGCUCCACGGUACAAGUGAUGUGGUUUACUCAAUCGCAAACGCGGAACAGGAAAUAAAGAUGUUUGUGAACUCUCCGGAGGCUAAGCUUGUCACUAUCAAGGACGGGCAGCAUUUCUUGAGUGCAAGUCAUCCCAAGGAGGUAGAUAAUGCUUUGAUUGAAUUUGUGGGAAAAUGGCAUAUGUAG